CAAACCGCAUGCGAGUUAGACGAAGAGGCAAACAUAAUCGCGAUUCGCGACUCAGCUGAGAAAACACAGUCAACACAUUCCGAGGCAGUAAGGCCGCGAUUGGACCAAGUCAGUCGCGAGCGCGCUGUCAAGUCUAGUGUAUAUGCUCUCCCCGUCCUGCACCCCUUCGUCGACUGUUUUUGUUAUCGUGUACUUUUUCCGUGCACAGCCGCUUUUGCGAGAGAGAAAAAAACCGCGAGUGCGAGUGAAUAAUAGUAUGCAAGAGGCGGCGAUUCGACUAAGUAUGCUGAAUUAACGAGUUGAAAAGGAGAACAGAGAGAGAGAGAGAGAGAGAGAGAGAGAGAGCGAGAGAGACGUGCAGCAGUGUGAACAUACACGCUUGGCGGCUUAUUCGCGACUAAGGACAAGCGAGAGAAGGUAAAAUUGGCUCGGGGUGACUACUCUUUGUCUUCGCGAGAGAAAAUUUCGCUCUUUCGUUUUUAUUGCGUCGCACUCGGAGGAUCCACCGAGGUUGGAGAGUGUUUUAGAUUGGAAUCGGCGAGACUUUAGGUGCUAAGAGGCAUGCAGUGGUAUAUAGUCGUGACGUCAGUAUCUGUCUACUGCGCUGAUUUUUCUAGCCGUCGGGUGUCGCGUGUUUGAGAGAUGGCUGAAUCUCCAUCUACGGAAAAACAAGAUAGCCUUGAGGACAGUUUGUCUUCCGAAGAGUGGACUAUUAUUUACAAGAAGGAAUCCAAGUCUAAAGAUGCAGCUGACGAGAAAACAGACAGUGAGAAGCCUGACGAAUCCAAGGAAACCAUGAUUUCUGAAGAUGCUUACAAAGUGGAAGAAAGCACCAAAACAGAAGCAGAACAUAUUGAGGAAGGAGUGGAGGCUGGUGAAAAAGCAAUUGAAUCGGAUGAUGUGUCCAUAUUAUCUGACGAAAGCGAACCAGAGCAUGUUGUUUUUGAAGAAGGGCGAAUUGAAAGGAUAGAGUGGCAAGUCGAAAGAAAGCCAUCAGUACAGUCAAGGGCAGUAGCUCCUACAACUCAAUCGGAUGGAAUCAUAACAGCAAAUGCCUUAAUUACAUGCUCUGUAGUAGCCUUAAUUUUUGGAAUCAUAAUAGCUUGUCAAAUAGUAGAGUUUCGAGCAGACAAACCAAUCAGCUAUACAGGGAAUACCGAAAUAGAAGACAAACUGAGAGAAUUAAGUGGAAUAGAAGAAAAAUUAAAAGAAUUGAAUGAUGUGAGAAAUGCUUUAGAACAAAUUCAAAUAAGUAUGCCUGAAAUGAAAAAUUUAAAGGACCAACUUACGUACCAAAAGUAUGAAAAAAACAAAGCAUCUCAUUUAAUUGAAGAUUAUAAGAAUUUGGAGAAGCUCAACUUGCAAAAUCUUUUAAAUCUCAAUACUCACAAUGAUAGAUUGGAGUUGCUUGGAACUACCUAUCAAAACUUUUGUUCAACUAUAAAAAGAAUAAAUUCAUCCAGCUCUGCAAUUGAAAAUGAACUAUGUGAGACGCCCAAAAUUCUUUCAGAUAUGAUUGUUUUUAAGAAAAAUUUAAGAAAAGCCUUUCAACAAACCCAAGACAUAAUGUCACCAGAGAAGAGGAUUCUUGACGAUGCAGAGAAGAAACUCGAUUCUGUGUCUGAUUCUUUGCUGUCUGAAAUGACAGUAAUGUUUUCAAGAUUCUCGUUGAAAGUACAAGAGCGAUUGAACAAGUUUGGAUAUAAAUUAAAUAAACGACUAUGCUCCAUGAGUAAUACUGGAAGAACUAAUGACAAAUUUUUUAACAUUUUACUAGACAAGGACUUUUAUAUAAAUAAUUGUAAUGAGACUUCAAAUGCUGAUGCAGUUGUACUUGAUUCAACAACAGAUAUACCUUACAAAAAAGAAAAAAAUCAUGGAAUGAAAAAACGAUCGUAUGAAGAGUUAAAGAAGAAUGGUCACAAGUAUGAUUACAAAAAUUCAAAAGAUUACAAACAAAUCAAAGACUCUAGAGAAUAUCAUUCUGAGAAAGAAUACAAUAAAGAAAUCUAUAUAGAAAAAAGUAAGGGAGAAGUGAAAAAUGGUAAUAAUUGGAAAAAUAAUAAAUAUGAAAACAAAGACAAGCAUUCAGAUGAAAAAAAAUAUAAACAUGAGAAACCGAAUGAAAAUUUAAAAAAUGAGAACAAUAAAAAAGUUAAAGAGGAACGUGAGUUUGAAAGUUUUUUAGAUAAUAAAGUGAAAGAGCAUCAUCAUGAUCGCAAAUUUGAAUAUAAUCAAAAGGACAAUGACUAUGAUCGUAAAUCUGAAAAUCAUAAAAAAGAACGUGAUUAUGACAAUAAAUUUGAACAAUACAAGAAAGAUAACGAUUUUAACAAGAAAUUUGAACAUAAGAAAGAGCAUGGAUUUGAUCAAAAAGUUGAAUACCACAAAAAAGAUAACUUCGACCGUAAAUAUGAUCACAACAAGAAAGAACGUAACUAUGAUAAGACAUUUGGGAAUAAAAGAAAUUUCGUUGUUUACGAUGAUGACGAUUCAAAGUUCAUAAUUUUAGAAAAUGAUGGCGAUGAGUUUGUAACCAGUAACGAAUUUCAGCCAAAGUUCAAAAAAGAAAAAGAAUUCCCUCAAAGACCGGACAGUUACAAAGAAUCUAAGUAUACAAAGUACACAGGAAACGAUCGUAAAGACAACAAAAAGGAUAAAUAUCAGCCUAGUGGCGAUUGGCAAAUGCAGAGGGGCAAAGCCCGCGAAAAACUCCGGAAUUCUGAUUGGUAUUUUGUCCGAGCAGAUUCGCGCCAGAAGGCGAGGAUCGUCGAGGACAACAACGAUCUGGAAGUGGGGGAGGAAGCUCCUUGGAGUCCUCCGCGGCCCCAUAAAAAACGUCAGCAGCAUGACCAUCAUCAUCGAACCGAAAAAGACAACGAUGACCAUAGCCAGAAAUCGCAAGCGCGAUGUCCCGCCGUGGACAACCUGAGAAAGCGAGUAUUGAGGACAGUCGGUCGUUCCUGGGAGUUUUUGAACGCGAAGCUUCGAAAAUACUUUUGAAUUAUUGAAAUUGCAUGUAACGGUGUUUUAUUGAUUACAUGACGGAUUGUUUUGCGAUCUCUGUAAACGAGAGAGAAAAAAGAUACACAUAACUACGUUUACAACCACACACUCGCAUACUAGAUGUAUUAUUCAUACUUUUUCUAAGAUCUUAUAAUAGAAGAGAUAUAUAGCUAAAAGAAUCGUCUUUUACCGCUUGUCGUUUCUUAGCGACGACGUGCCGCUUGUAGCUAGCUACGUGCACUGAAAGAAGAUUCAUUAGAAUUCGAAGAUAUACAAUUGAAUUGUUGAUUACAAAAAAUUUGUUUUUAUUUUGGAUACUUUGUUCAUACUAUAGAAUUAUUCAAACUUUUGUUAGAAACGGUAUAUUUGAUUUUAGUGUAGCUGUGUUGUUUGAAACAAGAACGAAAUUCAACUGAUGAUGAACAUUAUGUAUUAUUGGACCAAAUACUUUACUAACUCUUUGAUAAUUCGAAAAAUGAAAUCAAUGUUUCUAUUUCAAACGACCACUCGCAUGCUUUAUUAAUAAUAAGGAGAUAAAACGCGUUAUCUACAUAGAAAGCGGCAUAGAUUAAACCAGAGGAAGAUUAAUAAAGAAGUUACGCGGAAAUAGAUAUUUUUGUUCCAAGUUUGUUUAUAUAGUCGUAUAAUAUAUAGUUUAAGAAACUGUUUGCUGUGAGACGAAGUAGUUACUUGUUUUUAAGAGUAAAGAAUUUUGUACAUUAAAAGCAAUUGAUGUAAAAAAAUGUACAUGAAGUAUUAUAAAUCUGUGAACUAAACUACUCAGUCAUUUGAAAAAAAAAAAAUAGAUUGCAAAUCAUUACCGAAUCGGCGAUCUUCAAGAGUGUUUUUUUCAUCGCGAUUAAUUGUUAUUGAAAUUUUACGCGCUUGUAUAACGUUACUCAUAUAAAACUUGUAAAAUUCAAUAAAAUUGUGUUAUUGAAAUAUAUAUUUGCACUUGAAAAA